AUGGCGUUGCACCAACCAGUACCUUGGGUACCUCAGUCUCCCCUGAUUAGGCCUGAAAAGUUCCAACAAAUCUUUCCUCGAGUUGAUUCCAGGCCAAGUCCCACGGCUUGGUCCAGGACUCCAGAUGCCGAUGGCGAGGUGUUUGACUUGACUCCGAUUCAACAGGAGAUCAUCGCCGACCUGGGCAACCGAUCCGGAUGGAUGUCAUUCUCAUUCCAGGUCCCAGAGCAUAUGGCCUUCAGCAUCGACCGUCUUCGUCUGACCUGGCAAGCUGUGGCCGCUCAUCAUCCCGUUCUUCGCACGGUCAUCAUUCCGAGCGAGGAUGGUGUUGGUCCCAUGCGGCAGAAAGUGGUGCCUCAUGUUCUCCCUAUGGGCCUUGGGACAUGGGAGCCGCUUGUAAAGACAGUGCCAUACUUGAUUUAUCAGGAAGCAAAUGUGGACCGGCCGACGUUGACCCUCCACUACCACCGAGCUUUGAUUGAUGUGAAGUCCAUCCUGCUAAUUUGGAAUGACUUCGAACUUUUCUUCCAUGGCUUUCCCUUUCCCACGCGCAUUCCGUUCAGCACCUAUGCCAAGGCCAUUGCCACUGGUGACCGCGGUGAGGCCAUCAAUUUCUGGCACGAUUACCUGGAUGGUUACCAUGGUCGAGGUUUAUUUGGUCACUCAGGUACCCAUAGGACGGUCAUUCAAACGAGGGUGACCGGAGAUCUCGACCUUCUCACCCACUUAGAAGAUUUUGCGAAUGAACAUCAAGUCAGUGUGAAGACCAUCCUUCAUGCUGGGUGGGCUGCAACCCUCUCUCGUCACCUGGAAACCCACGAUGUGGCAUUCUAUACCAAUCUUCGCGACUGUAGCUUUGACCCUACCGAGUACAUCGUUGGUCCAAUGGAUGUGACCGCUCCUCUUCGGAUUCGUCUCUCGGAUGGUGAAUCAACCCUGGAAAAGCUCCGCCGACUGGAGCGGGAGAAGAGGACGGCUUCGAGGUAUUCACUUCUCGGAGGCAGAGCCAUCCAGGAACAAAGUGGGAGCAAAACUGGCUUGCAAUCCACCUUCAUGGUCCUGGAAUCUGAAAUCACGGACCCAAUAAUACAGGAACUCAAAUGUCCCAUGCAAGUCACCUUCGAGUUUGCUGGUGCUCGGGUUUCCAUGGCUCAUGACUCGACCUAUCCUUCCGCCAGGGCCCAGAUUGUUCUGCAACACUUCUGGGAGGUUCUCCGACAGAUCAUCAGGAACCCCGACCGCCCAUUUCAGUCUCUGAGUCUGACAUCAGAAGAGGAGAAAGCUGCUUUGCUGAGCUUUCGGUCCUCACGCGGAGAUGUCUUUCCUCAGUUAGUCCAUGCCCUGAUUGAAGAACGGGCUCUCAAAUCUGGCGCUGAUCCUGCUAUUCAGUUUGAGUUGAGCCACUCUCUGACCUUCUCGCAACUGAAUACGACCGCCAACCGCGUCGCUCAUCAACUGGUUGGCUUGAUGCCUCCGGGCUCCAUCGUCCCCGUCCACAUGGACGUAUCGGUCGACUUUGUGAUCGCCUUAGUGGCGAUUCUAAAAGCAGGAGGCGCCUAUGUGAUUCUGGAUCCCUCUCAACCGAAAGCUCGCAAGGCAUACAUUGUCGAAGACGUCCAAGCGCCUUUCUGGAUCACGCAAAAGGAGCACCUCGGUGAGCUCCAGGGUACCCGAGCUUAUUUGAUGGAAGAUCUCAUGCAGUGCUCGUCCAGUGAGUCCGACCUGAAUCUGCCUCUGGAUCCAGAGCAACCAGCGUAUGUCAUUUACACCUCGGGUUCUACCGGUGUUCCCAAGGGUGUCGUGUUGAGCCACCGUGCUGCUUCAGCUGGAAUCCAGUGUGCUCCAACCAUCCCAAACAACCGUAGCCUGCUGUAUUACAAUCCAGUCUUUUCGGCUGCUCAGAGGACGAUUCUCUCUACCCUGGCCAGCGGAGGCUGCCUCUGCCUGGCGAGACGAUCCAAAUUGCAAGUCUCCCUUGCCAGUCUGCUCAAUGCCAUGAAAGUCAACACGCUUGGGAUCACGUCAUCGACAAUUGCUCUCCUGGACCCCGAGAAGGUCCCGACUCUGCAGCGAGUGAACCUCACCGGCGAAUUGCUGGACUCCUCUGUGAUCGCGCGCUGGGCCAGUCGCGUGGAGUUGAGGAACAACUACGGCCUCAGCGAAUGCACCCAGUUGAACUGGGGAAGACGAAUCGUUCCGGGAGAACGGCUUUCAAGUCGCAACGUCGGUCAUCCAUCCGACACCACGUCGGCCUACGUCUUGGAUCCGGAUACCCUGCAAUUAACUCCAUUCCUGGUUCCGGGAGAAUUGUGCCUUGAAGGGCCUCAGCUGGCCAGCGGUUAUCUCAACAAGAAGGAGCUGACGGAGAAGGCCUUUAUCGAAAGUCCAUUCACCAAAGGACGAAAGCUCUAUCGAACCGGCGACAUGGCGAUCCGAAUGGAAGAUGGAAGCGUGGAAAUCAUCGGUAGGAUCGACUUCCAAACCAAAAUCAAUGGCCAGCGAGUGGAGCCCGGGGAGAUCUCUGCUCUUCUCAGUCGCCAGGACGGGGUUCGUGCCGCGGUGGUCGUCGCUGCUACUCUGGAGGGAGAGAAGGCACUGGUCGCUUGCGUCUGCCCGCAGAAAGGUGCAUUGCCAUGGUCCCAGCUGGUCGGCAACCUUAGAGCCGCGACGUUUGCAAGCCUUCCUUCAUAUAUGACGCCCGCAUAUUGGUUGUCCUUUGACACGCUGCCCCUGAACAGCAACGGGAAGACCGACAUUCUCCGGUUGCGCCAACAGAUUGAGUCGAUGAGGCGGACUGAUCUCGUUGGCGCAUUGGUCGAUGCCGAGGAAGCCAGGAAACCGCUCUCUGAAAGCGAACAGGUUCUCCAGACGGUCUGGGCCAAGGUUCUUCGCCUCCCAAAAGACGUGAUCACGCCCAACCAGUCAUUCAUCGCCCUCGGUGGAGACUCGCUGAAGGCUUUGCAAGUGAGUUCGGAAUUACUCUCAUUCAAUUACGUUACCGAAAUGGGCGAUCUUCUGCGCGCGGAGACUCUUGCCACCGCGGCAUCCUUGCUUAAGUAUGAAGAGAAUAUGGACGGUGGUCUACAAUCUCCAGUCCCAUUCAGCCUGAUCAAGGAUGGAACUGUCGUUGAUUCAAGCAUUUAUGAGGAUGCUUACCCCACGACCCCUUUCCAGGAGGGCAUCAUUUCUGCGCAUCAGACUGGCGGCGGAUAUGUGUACCAUCGCGUCUUUAACAUCAAGGGAUACGAUAUCCCCCGGCUGCAGCAGGCUUUCCAGACUGUAAUCAACGACAAUGCCAUUUACCGAACAAGCUUCAUGGAACAUGGCGCAAUAUUUCUGCAAUCGGUGAAACGGCAAUUCCAGCUCCCCUGGGACAUUGUCAGUGGUAUCUCAGUCGAUGACUAUGUAUUGCAGACCAAGGACCGGGACAUGGACAUCAAUGAGCCACCCAUCCGCGGAGCCAUCGUCAAUGGGGAGAUAUUGGUGGUUACCAUGCAUCACGUCUUGUUUGACUAUUGGUCAUCCAGGUUUCUCUUCCAAGACGCAGCAGCGGUAUAUCACAACCAGCCCGUGGCCCCGAGACUGUCCUUUAACAUCUUCGUCCGCCAUCUCCAGAAGACAGAUGAAAAGGUUGCCUCUGAGUUCUGGUCUGACUAUCUCAACAACGCCGCUGCAACGCUCCUUGCCACGGAGCCUGCUCCAUUCAAUACCCUGAAGCGGACCAUCCAGCAUGACCUUCGUGCAUUUACCACCACCGCAGGAGUCACCACGGGUGCUCUCAUGUACGCAGCGUGGUCGGUCAUUCUGUGGAAGCACACGGGAAACCCAGAUGUCACCUUUGCCAUCACACUCUCCGGACGGGAUGCUCCUGUGCCCGGCAUUCAAGACCUAAAUGGGCCCACCAUGACCACCGUGCCCAUCCGGAUUCGUCUGGAACCUACCAUGAGCCUCGGGGAAGUUGUCGAGUUGGUGCAGAAUGAACUGUGGAAAGUAGCCAAGUUUUCCCAGCUCGGACUCCGGAAAGCAUUAAAGGCCUCUUCUCAGAAUGCGAAUCUCUUGGAUUCGAUGGUGAAUUUCCUCGUGAAGAGCCCUGCAAGCCGGGAUACGAAGGCUUUUGAGCCAUAUGGGGAACGGCCCAUCUGGAAGACUGGUUACAACACCCUCGAGGUAGAGGAGAUGGCGGAGGGGGAGUUUGAGCUCCGACUGUCCGGGCAGCUGGAGCAGAUCCGGACGAACUUCAUCCUUGAAGAGGUGAUGUUGUUGCUGGAAACCAUGGUGACGCGAGGCGUGACGACGCUGCGGGAGGUCGACCUGAUCCCAACCUGUGAAGCUCGUUACCUCCAGCAGAUGUGCCCCCCACUGACCACCAACGCAAGGUUCCUACAUGACCGCUUUGAAGCUAUUGCCGCCACAGCUGGGGAUCGCAUUGCCAUUGAGUUUCAAGGCGCCAAUCGGGUCAGCUAUCGCGAGUUGAACUGCCGUGCCAAUCAGUUGGCUGGAUACUUGGUCGAGAAGGGAGUUGGCCCCGACACGCUGGUGCCUAUUUGCUUACCUAAAUCGGUUGAGAAGAUUGCGUCCAUUCUGGCGAUUCUCAAAGCCGGGGGUGCUUUUGUCCCCCUGGAUCCUGAUAAUCCACCCGAGCGAAACAACUUCAUCGUGAAUGAUGUGUCUGCGCGGAUCGUGCUCACCGAUGAGAACUUGCGCGGAAUCUUUGAUGAGGCCGCGGUCGAGGUGGUGGACGUUUACAAUACCGAUGUCUCUCACUAUGCCGACCACAACUUGGAUUCGGCGGCUCUGGAGCCCCAUCACCUGGCUUAUGCCAUCUACACAUCUGGUUCGACUGGCCUCCCUAAAGGUGUCCUGGUUCCCCAUCUCUCCAUCGCGGCCGGGAUCGAAAGUAUCACCCUGGCGGAAGGCUGGCAGCCUGACUGGCGCGUCCUGCAGUUCUCCAACUACGUCUUUGAUGUCGCAGUGGGGGACAUCUUCUGCACUCUCGGGGCCGGCGCCACGCUAUGUAUGGCUCCCAUGGAGUCACUCCUUGCCGAUCUGUCGCAUGUUAUCAACUCAAUGAAGGUGAACCGCCUCUUCUUGACACCAACCGUGGCCAAGCUGCUCCACCCGGCUGAAGUACCGGGAGUUCAAGGUCUAUACUUGGCGGGAGAGCCGGUGACUCCCGACCUCGUGGAAACCUGGACCCCUUGCUGCGAGGUCAUGAACUGUUACGGACCAACAGAAGCAUCGAUCCUCGCGACGGCUGGCUACCUCAAGUACGGUGGAAACGCUAAGGUGAUCGGUCAUCCUCUCAAGAAUUGCAACUCCAUGAUUCUGGAGCCGGAUAGCCUCAAGCUGGCACCGUACGGAGCAGUUGGGGAGCUCUGUCUCAGUGGUCCCCAACUCGCACGUGGCUACUUGAACCGGCCAGAGACGACUGAGAAGGCCUUCGUCAUGCGAGGGUCCGAAAGAGUCUAUCGGACCGGUGACCUCGCCCGCUGGCUCCCGGACAGACGCAUUGAGUGCUUUGGACGGAAGGACAACCAGGUCAAAGUCAACGGGCAUCGCAUCGAGCUCGGUGAAAUUGAGAGUGCCAUUCUGAAGACCAACAAAGUCCAGCAUGCCAUCGCCAGCGUGAUCGAGAUUCAGAAAAAGGCACAGCUGGUGGCCUUCUGUGUAGUCGAUCCGGAAAAUGCCAACGGAAUCCUACCGGCGGAGGAAUACUUCGAGACGCUCACGACCGUGAGCAUCAGCCUGACGUCUUUGCCCCCAUACAUGGUGCCAACUAUCUGGAUCCCCAUCGGCACACUGCCUCUUCUUCCGUCUGGAAAGACCAAUCGCAAGAAGCUUCUGGAAUGGGUGAACGCCAUGGAUGGCAACGAAUUGCAACAGUAUUCCAACGCGGAUGCAAAGGCCGAGUUUGUCAACCCGGUCACGGAAGAGGAGGUUGUUCUGCAGAGCCUCUGGGCCCUCUUGUUCCACAAGGAACCCAGCGACAUCAGCGCCACGAGCACGUUCUUUUCGCAUGGCGGUGACUCCAUCUCGGCGAUCAACCUGGUCAGCAAAUGCAAGGCUCAAGGCUAUGUACUCGCGGUCAGCGAUGUGCUUGCUUUUCCUCUGCUGCAGGAGAUGGCCACUCGCAUGAGGCCCAUGAACAAAGCUCCGACCAAGAUCAAGAGUUUGUCGGUUACUGUUUCGGACGAUGUUUACGCGACUCUCGCCAAAGCUGGUAUUCAUGCGUCUGAUAUUGAGACCAUCUACCCGGCCGUCCCUGGAGUAGAGGAUUUCCUGGUCCGUGGCGCAAAGGCAGCGCAAUUCUGGCAGUGUCAGACCGUUCGACCUCUCCCGGACGUGAUUGAUUUUGAUCAAUGGGUCCAAGUCACGGCGGAGCUCACGGCACGGAAUGAGAUCCUGCGGUCCAUGUGGCUCGAGGCGGACGGUGCCUGGCUGCAGAUUGUACUCGCGAAGCCUGUUCUCGACCUCGGGGUCAUUCACUGCAGCUCAGAAGAUGACAAACAGGAGAUGAUCAACAAGACCUGGGACAUGAAAUUUGAGAUUGGCAUGCCUUUCAUCCGUUACCGUUUACUCGUCCUCCCUGACGGGAGCCGCGACCUUCUCAUCAAGAUCCACCACGCGAUGUACGACGGAACACUGCUUCGUAUCUUCGAUGACGAAUUCAAGAGCCUUUUCAGGAAGCAGCCCGUGCCCGAGACCGUCAGCUUCCGCGACUAUGUGUCCUACAUGCAUUCGACAGACCGUCAGAAAUCCCUGAAAUUCUGGCAGGAACUGCUGCAGAAUAAUGCGGCUCCCUUUCCCGCAGUGGAGCACCCACUUGCAUCCGCCCUGACGGUGACAACAACAGACCGCAAGGUCGACUCGUUCGCUGCCAACUGUGGAGUUACUGUGCCAAUUGUCUUCCAAACCGCCUUCACGCUCCUUCUCUGUCGCCUCAGUGGUCGAACCGACGUCACGUACGACAACCUCAUCACAGGGCGCAACGUCGAGUUGGAGGAGGCGCAAACCAUUGCCGGAACCUGUGCCAACUUCCUCCCCUUCCGCAGUGCUUUCAACGACGAAACGCUGGUUCGAGAGCUCCUCAAAUUGACGCAGUCUUUGUUCUGGAAGAGCACGGAGCACGGAAAUGUCAGUCUGAAAGAUAUCUACCAGUCCAUGGGUCAGAACCGAGACGAAUCCGCCUCUCGUGCCCUGUUCCUGUUCCAGCCUUUCGACCAGCCAGCGCCCACGACAAACCUCGUGGAGAAACACAUGCGCUGGAUAGUGAUGGGGCUGAGCAAAGUCCGGAUGCCCAUUGAUUAUGCACUGCAUCUGGAGGUUUCCAAGGCGCCGAAGGGAUAUACUCUCAAGUUCAAGUUUGACCCUCAAUGGUACGCUGUUGAUCAGUUCGAGAAAAUCACCGAGGCAUUUCUGGAGAUUCUUGAGAAAAUGAUGUCCCAUUCCCGAAGCAAAGUCAUUACAAUUCUCUGA